AUGCCGCACGAGCUGUCGGGCUGGACGGAGGACAUCGUGUUGUUGAUCGUCAAGUACUAUUGUCCUGUCAAAGAAAUCAUUGUCACCUUGGGUUGCUACUAUACCCAGAGGUGCAACCCUCUGAAGGUCAUGAUGGAACCGACGGCAAAUAGCUGGUUCGAUUCAAGGAUGGAUUAUUUCAUGUCCAAGCACGAGGUCGCCGAGGUCCUGACGGGCUCGGAGUUUGUGUGCUUCGCGGAGCUGUCCCCGAAUCCCAAGGACCUACGGCUGCUCAAUAUCGAGCGGUCGGUGCACAUGGAGGGCUUGUACUGUGGGGAUGUUAUCAUCUGGCAGCCGAUUACCGAGCGUCCCAUCGACGUAAACAUGGACG